AUGAAGACUGCCGCCGCCCUCCUUGCCCUUGCUGCUUCUGCCAGCGCCUUCACCACUUCCAAGCCUGCUGCUCCACGCACCACCGCUAUGGAGGCUGCCAUGGAUGACUACGUCGGUUCUGUCAACCUAUUUGGAUCGGAAUUCAAGUUCGACCCCUUGAACCUUUCCGAGACCUACUCGCCAUUCCUUCCAUGGUUCCGUGAGUCCGAACUUCGUCACGGACGCACUGCCAUGAUUGCCGUUGUUGGUUUCAUUGCCACAGACUUUGUUCGUCUCCCGGGAGAGAUGUACUCUUUCGAGAGCAUCCCCAAGACUGUUGAUGCACACGAUGCUCUUUUGCACAACGGACCCAUGUACCAACUUCUUUUGUGGAUCGGUCUUUUCGAUUUGGUCAUCACCGCCCCUGCCGCUGUUGCCACCAUGAACGGAGAACGUGAAGCCGGUGACUUUGGACAAACUCUUUUCGCCCCAUCUGACCCUGCGGCCAUGAAGAAGAAGCAAGAAUCCGAGCUCAUGAACGGACGCCUUGCCAUGUGCGCCAUCGGAGGAAUCGCCACCCAAUCUAUCGUCACUGGACACGGUUUCCCAUACCUCUAA